UCUACGUUCAGUUUGGCGGCAAAAUCAGUCGUGUUGACAGUUCUUUUUUUUUUCUUUUAAUUCAAGGCAUUGACAAUUGGAUAAUGCGAGUUAACUGACUGGAUUUUAUUACGAUGCUGGUGUAUGUUGUGAAACAGUGAUCUUCAGAAAUUGUUUUUUUGUUUUUUAAAAAUGGCGGUUAAAAUUAUAUAUAUUUUGUUCCUGUUUUCUUUCGGACAAUGCUCUGUGAUCAUACCUGAGGAGUUGCCAUCGCUGUUGUCCGUUGCUUAUUCAAAUAUUCCUCCUAUUAAAAAAGGCACCGAUUCUCGAGUAGGCUUUGGAUUCGCGUUUGGCAACCACGCCGACUUCCAGGUCAUGUUCGAACUGGGGCCACAAACUAACACCAUGAAUCUCACUGGGCAACCGUUCGGGACGGGGAGCAACAAGCGACAAGCGCCGGCCCUGCCACCUCCCAAAGUUAAUAAAAAUAGAGAAAAGUUCCUUCAAACUGACGCUGGAAAAUACUUACAAAGCUGGGCACAGAAGAUGAAAAGUCCAUCAAAAAUAGUUCACAAAAGACCGGAUACGAGUAGACCGGGAGAAGUAAUGAAUCUAGAAGAUUCCGUGGUAGAAUUAGUUAAGAAUGAUAAAGGAGAGUACGAGAUUCACCAACCGAAACCGGGACAUAUGCCACAAUACGUUUUGGAUAACCUCAAAAGGCUAUACGGACAGAAGAAACAAGAAGCACAGAAGUUAGGUGACCAGAAAAGAACAGAAGAUGAUGUACGAAAAAUAACUGAAGAUCUAUCUAAUGUUGAUUUAGAUUAAGAAAUAAACGAU